AUUUCAGAGCACACGAUUUAUAAACUUGCUAUGUGUUCUCUCUCUCUCUCCUCUCUCUUUUUCUUUCUCUGCUCUCUCUUUCUCUCUCUCUCUCUCACACACACACACAGAGUAAGCAACGAAACAAGUGGAAUAAUAGUAUGCGGUGUGAUAUGUGAGAUCAGCCCAAGAAAUUUAACUAAACUCCAACAAAACGAAAAUCACACACAUACAAAGAAGCGUUCAGCAAGAAACGUAAAAGACUACCUACUCACAUAAACCGUAUCUCACUCACUUUCUUCAACAAAAAUACAUAAACUCUGAGUGUUUGGGAGUAAUAAAAAGUGGGGACUCUCUCUUUUCACUGUCACAACCAAAAUAUUCCAGUCUUUAUGCUCUGAUUCCCAAGUGCCAGCCAUUGUGUGUAUUUUUUUUGGGUUAUUACAGGACUUGUCUGAGUUUUUCGUGUUUGUUCAGUCUCUGUGGAGGUUGUUGACCUGCUGUUUGUGGCACAUUUUAGUGGGCAUGGUUUUCUUGUGUUUCUGAGGGCAUUUUCAAUGGAUCUUGAAAGUGGGAUUUAUCAGAAUCAUGUAAAGCAGGAGUCUUGGAGAACAGUACUGACAUUGGCUUAUCAGAGUUUGGGUGUGGUGUAUGGGGAUUUGAGUACAUCUCCUUUGUAUGUCUACAAGAAUACUUUUGCUGAAGACAUUGAUCAUUCUGAGACUAAUGAAGAAAUCUUUGGGGUUCUGUCCUUUGUCUUUUGGACAUUAACCUUGGUUCCUCUUCUCAAGUAUGUGUUCAUUGUGCUUAGAGCUGAUGAUAAUGGUGAAGGGGGCACAUUUGCUCUGUAUUCACUCUUAUGCAGACAUGCCAAAGUGAAUUCAUUGCCUAGUUUCCAGUCAGCAGAUGAGGAUUUGUCAACUUACAAGAAGGAUAUUUCUAGUCCUGCGCCAUCAACUUUUGGGGCAAGGCUUAAAUCUACUCUUGAAAAAUAUAGAGUGUUGCAAAGAUUUUUGCUUGUAUUGGCUCUUCUUGGUGCUUGUAUGGUGAUUGGAGAUGGUAUAUUGACUCCAGCAAUUUCUGUUUUUUCCGCAGUUUCUGGUGUCGAACUUGCCAUGGAAAAAGAGCAUCACAAAUACGUAGAAGUCCCAGUUGCUUGUAUCAUACUGAUAGCCUUGUUUGCCCUUCAACAUUAUGGCACCCACAGGGUCGGAUUCUUGUUCGCACCUGUGGUCAUAACAUGGCUCUUCUGCAUCAGUGCUAUUGGUGUAUACAAUAUUUUCCAUUGGAAUCCUCAUGUAUAUCAAGCCCUAUCUCCGCACCACAUGUACAAAUUUCUAAAGAAAACCCAACGAGGAGGUUGGAUGUCCUUGGGAGGAAUCCUACUGUGCAUAACGGGUUCAGAAGCAAUGUUUGCUGACCUUGGGCACUUUUCGCAGCUAUCGAUAAAGAUAGCCUUCACAUCCAUUGUUUAUCCGUCGUUGAUCCUUGCAUAUAUGGGACAAGCUGCAUAUCUUUCUAAGCAUCACGAUAUUCGAAAUGAUUACAGUGUCGGAUUUUACGUUUCUGUACCUGAGAAAUUAAGAUGGCCGGUUCUGGUGAUCGCUAUUAUGGCCGCAGUGGUCGGUAGCCAAGCCAUUAUUACUGGAACCUUCUCUAUCAUAAAGCAGUGCUCUGCCUUGGGGUGCUUUCCAAGAGUGAAAAUAGUGCACACGUCAUCAAAAUUUCAUGGCCAGAUAUACAUCCCUGAAAUCAACUGGACUCUAAUGCUCCUUUGUUUGGCCGUUACUAUCGGUUUCAGAGACACCAAACGCAUGGGCAAUGCCUCAGGUCUUGCAGUUAUAACUGUCAUGCUGGUCACUACUUGCUUGAUGUCUCUCGUUAUAGUUUUAUGCUGGCACCGGAGCGUACUCCUGGCAAUCUGCUUCGUCUUGUUUUUUGGAACCAUAGAAGCAUUAUAUUUCUCCGCUUCCCUUAUCAAGUUUCUCGAAGGAGCUUGGGUGCCUAUCGCCCUUUCGUUCAUCUUCAUGGUGGUGAUGUGUGUGUGGCACUAUGGCACAUUAAAGAAGUAUGAGUUUGACGUCCAAAACAAGGUCUCCGUCGACUGGCUACUAGGCAUUGGCCCAAGUUUAGGCAUCAUUCGGGUCCGUGGAAUGGGCCUCAUCCACACCGAACUUGUCUCCGGGAUCCCAGCAAUCUUCUCCCACUUCGUCACCAAUCUUCCGGCCUUCCACCAGGUUCUUGUUUUCCUUUGCGUCAAGUCUGUCCCGGUUCCCCACGUGAAGCACGAAGAACGAUUCCUUGUCGGACACAUCGGCCCAAGAGAGUAUCGUAUGUACCGAUGCAUUGUCCGGUACGGUUACCGUGAUGCACACAAGGACGACCUCCAAUUCGAGAACGACCUCGUGUGUAGUAUAGCGGAGUAUAUACGCACGGGAACAAACAGUGCGGACAACGACUCGACAAAGCUAAGUGAAGACAUGUUUGUGGUCGGAACACCUUCAACUCAUCUAGACGGGAUCCAAAUGUGUGAGGACAACGGACCAGACGGGGAAACAUCCGGGCCAUCAGAGCUCAGAGAAAUACGGUCUCCACCGGUCAUUACUCCACGGAAACGGGUUAGGUUUGUGAUCCCGGAGAGCCCAAAGAUCGACAAAGGUGCACGAGAGGAGCUGCGAGAGCUGAUGGAGGCUAGGGAAGCCGGAAUAGCGUACAUAUUGGGACAUUCUCAUGUGAGAGCGAAGCAAGGGUCAAGUUUGAUCAAGAAGGUGGUAAUAAACUUGGGGUAUGAUUUCUUGAGAAGGAAUUGUAGGGCUCCCACAUAUGCUUUGAGUGCCCCUCAUGCUUCAACAUUGGAGGUGGGAAUGGUGUACCAUGUAUAAUGAUGUUGCAGAGGUUGUAUGAUCAUGUGUUCCUGUACAUGUGGCUUUUUUGUGAUUUUGCAAAGAUAGAUUUAAAGUUCUUACAAAGGUUACUGAUGAGGAUGAGAUUAGGUGUUGUAGUGAUGACUGAUAAUGUUAUAUGUUCAGCUUCAGCUUAGUGAAUUAACUGUAGCUCUCCAUCUACAUACAAGUUUUGGGCUUGCACCGUCCAUUUAGGGUUUUUAUGACCUAUCUUGAUACCUUAAAAAUUUUAAUAUGUAUGGACUCAUCUUAACUGUUCGAUCAUUUUGGAGUCUGGAGUUA